UUAUUCUCGUGGGCUCUGGCAUCCUUCGAAGGACGGUGUGGACCGGUUUACCUCAAGCGCUGAGGGGGGCGGGAGCCUCCGGCCUGGGAGAACUAGGCCGCAGCCAGCCAUUGUCUUGUGUGUGGUGGUGACAGCGAGGACGCCGGCGCCUGGAGGACGUUACGGACUGAACGGGGACCCGUGAGGACUGCUGUGGGGUUUUAUUUGCUGCGGACUGUAGCGGGACGGACUGCCCUCAGCGGAGCUCUGUGUGGGACAUUGGGACUGUGUGCUGGACUCUGUGUGAGGGAGGACGCCCCAUGGCUCCUGCUGUUGUGUCCUCAGCAUUUCCCACCGCCGCCAUCCUCCUCCUGGGACUCUGCUGGUGUGCCUGAGGCGCCCCCUGUGUGUUUGUGUACGUGUGUGUGUGCGAGGCGUGUGCUGUGUGUGUCCUGUGUGUGUGUGUGUUCUCUCCCUAGCUCUGCCAAUACCUUACAAUUGUUAACAUGUCCUGCGUGCAUUAUAAGUUUUCCUCCAAGCUCAACUAUGAUACAGUGACCUUCGAUGGGAUGCACAUCUCCCUGGCCGACCUCAAGAAGCAGAUCAUGGGUCGGGAGAGGCUGAAGGCGGCCGACUGCGACCUGCAGAUCACCAACGCACAGACGCAAGAAGAAUACACAGACGAAACAGCUCUUAUUCCUAAGAACUCAUCUGUCAUUGUGCGGAGAAUUCCUAUUGGUGGCGUGAGAACUACAACCAAAACAUUUGUCGUAAAUCGUAAUGAGCCAGUGAGUGGAACAUCAAAAGCAGUAUGUAAACCCACAAUCACCCUUUUUCCUUAUACUUCUUUACUCCAGCCUUUAAAGUGCAGGCACCCUCCUGCUUCUCUUUCUGUGUGGUUCUGUUUAAACUGUGAAUUUGUUAAUUUGCCAAUGUAUUUUGCACACUGGUAAUGAUGAGCACUUUGUGAAAGUGCACAAUUCCCCUUGGCACUGUAUUUCAUAUUGAAUGCAAUAUUAUAUCCUGUUACACAGGACCUUGUACCGUCUGUAUGAGCGGUCACUAGUGUGAACAUGCUGUCAUGUUCUGUUGUGUUUUGACUUUAAGAUCUGUUUGUAUAGGUCUUUUUGUAUUGUUUCUUUACAAUAAAGUAUUACAUGUGUCAGUUUUUAUAAAACACAUUAUGAAAUGGGGUUUGUUGACAUUUAUA